AUGUGGAUUAAACUCACUCUGUUGGCGCUGGUGGCGCUCGCUGGCGGCAGUUCCGCCGAGCAAGCCCGGUUUGAUAACUACCGUGUGUAUGAAGUAUCGAUCGACACGGAUCGUCAGCUGCAGGCGUUGCAGCAGCUGGAACAGAACUCCGAUGGCUACAGUUUCUGGGAGUCACCGGUGCAAACCGACAUGCGCCUCAGCAUGGUAGUGCCACCGCACAAGUUUGCCCAUUUCGAAGAGCUGACCACCGCCCUGUCGCUGAAGACUCGCCUGCAGAUUGAAGACUUUCAAAAAGUGAUCGACAGUGAGCGUCCGAUGCGGGACAGGCGCGCUACUUUCGGCUGGACCGAUUACUACACCGUCGACGAGAUCUACGCCUGGAUGGACGCCACGACGGCCCAGUACCCCACCAUUCUGAGUGGCACCGUGUUCGGCCGAUCGUACGAAGGUCGCGACCUGAAGGCUAUCAAGCUGUCGCACAAGGCAGGCAAUCCUGGUAUCUUCAUCGAGGCGAACAUCCAUGCGCGCGAGUGGAUAUCGUCAGCCACGGCCACGUGGCUGCUGAACGAGCUGCUCACCUCCACGAAUGCCGCCGUACAAGAUCUCGCCCAGAACUACGAUUGGUACUUCAUCAUGGUCGCCAACCCGGACGGGCUGACCUACACCAAAACGACCAACCGCCAAUGGCGCAAAACACGUCAACCAGUGAACGACCUGUGUGUCGGGGCCGAUCCUAACCGCAACUUUGACCACCAGUGGAUGAACGGUGGCGCAUCGUCCGUGCCCUGCUCCGAUACCUUCGCUGGAACGGCACCGUUUUCGGAGCCCGAAACGAGAGCGAUGGCCAACUACUACGCGACCAUUGCCAGCAACAUCAACAUCCAAUUCUCGUUCCACUCGUACGGCCAGUACCUGCUGACCCCGUUCGGAUACAGUGGCGCUCCCCGGCCGUCCAAUGAUGCCGAUCUGCAAAGGAUUGCCACCGUCACGGCUGCCGCUAUUCAGGCUACUCACGGAACCCGCUACACGUACGGCAACAGCGCUCAAGUGUUGUAUACGACGUCCGGAAGCACGGUAGACUACUUCGUCGGCGUUCACGGAACGCGCCUGGGCUUCACGUUCGAGUUCCGCGAUACCGGAGCCACCGGGUUUGUGCUACCAGCGAACCAGAUCAUUCCGAACGGCGAAGAAACACUGAACGGCAUCAUUGCCUUCGUCGCCGAAGCGAAGGUUCUCGGUUACGUUUAGGUUGUUUUUUAUUGGGAUUAUGUCAAUAAAACGAUA